AUGAUGGAAAAAAAUACCUACAUGCGAUGGAAACUGCCAAUAAUCUGCUUUGCCUUUGAAAUUAUUUUAAUAAUCCUGUUUGGCGUCUUUGUGCGUUAUGAUAUUGAUGCUGACCCCUACUGGGAGUUAUAUAGGAAGAAGGAGAACAUCACCAGUGACAUUGAGAAUGACUUUUACUAUAGGUACUCGAGUUUUCAAGAUGUCCACGUCAUGAUCUUUGUUGGCUUUGGCUUCCUGAUGACUUUCCUAAAGUUCUAUGGGUUUGGCGGCGUUGCGUUCAACUUCUUGCUUGCUGCGUUUGGAGUACAGUGGGCAAUUCUAAUGCAGGGAUGGUUCCACACAUUUGAAGGUGGCAAGAUUCAUGUCAGCGUGACAAGCCUCAUCAACGCUGAUUUCGCUGUGGGAUCCGUAUGUAUUGCCUUUGGUGCACUCCUAGGCAAAGUUAGCCCUGUACAAGUGAUGGUGAUGACCUUGUUUCAAGUCACCCUCUAUGCAGUGAAUGAAUAUGUCCUUCUAAAUAAGCUUCAUGUUGUUGAUGCUGGUGGCUCUAUGAUUAUCCACACGUUUGGGGCAUAUUUUGGAUUGACAGUGUCUUGGAUCUUAAACCGUCCACAUUUGAAACAAUAUAACAACAAAGACGUAUCAGCGUAUACCUCCGAUCUGUUCUCCAUGAUUGGAACGCUGUUUCUUUGGAUGUUUUGGCCCAGCUUCAAUUCUGCACUUUCUAACCAUGGAGACGCUCAGCAUAGAGCUGCCAUUAACACCUACUGUUCUUUGGCUGCCUGCGUUCUGACAACUUUUGCCAUAUCCUCCCUAGUGAAUAAAAAGGGUAAAUUAGAAAUGGUCUACAUUCAGAACGCGACCUUGGCUGGAGGGGUAGCUGUUGGCACAGCUGCAGAAAUGAUGCUCACCACAUAUGGAUCUCUGAUAGUUGGAUUUAUAUGUGGAAUUAUCUCUUCUCUUGGAUUUGCCUACCUUUCACCUCUAUUGGCCAACAAACUAAACCUCCUGGAUACCUGUGGAAUCAAUAAUCUCCAUGGAAUGCCAGGUAUCAUUGGAGGGAUUGUGGGAGCAGUAACAGCAGCUGCCGCUACCUCUGCUGUUUACACAGCGGAAGGAUUAGUCGCUCAAUUUGGAUUUUCUGGUGAAUAUGCAGACAGAACUCCCAGCGUACAAGGAGGAUAUCAAGCUGCUGGUAUAUUCGUGUCUCUUGCUUUUGCCUUCGUAGGAGGUGCUUUAGUAGGAUUAAUACUGAGGUUACCAAUUUGGGGAGAUCCAUCAGAUGAGAACUGCUUUGAAGAUGCAGUAUAUUGGGAGGUUCCACAUACAGACCCAGAUGAUGUGGAGGAGGGCAAACAGUAUGUCGCACAUAUACCUGAACCAAUGAAGGAAACGGAUAAGAAUAUGUAAUAUCACGAAGCAUAGAUCAUUGAAUAUGAGAAGUGUAGCUCACGAGUGCUUCAUCAUUUUACUGUAA